AUGAUUGGGAGGAUGAGGAAUGAGUAUGGCCUAUUAGACGAGAGGAUUAGCAAAUUCUGGCAUCAAACCUUCAAAGCGGCGGUAGAGGAGAGGAUACUUUUGAAGGAUCUGAACCUGCCUCUUGCACGCAUAAAACGGCUGAUGAAAAUAGAAGAGGGGGUCCGGAUGGUUGCUUCAGAGGUUCCUGUCCUGUUCUCGAUGAUAACAGAGAAGUUCAUUGAGGAGCUCACUCUUCGUGCAUGGAUAAACACAGAAGAAAACAAGAGAAGGAUACUGCAAAAAUCGGAUCUGACUGCAGCAGUGAAGACUUCUGAGAUGUUUGACUUUCUCGUCUAUAUUGUCCCAAGAAAUGAUCUCUUACAUCCAUUCAAUCACCUGGUGCCGAAUAAGGUGCACCAUGGAGAAGAAGAGUUUGCUCCUAGAGUAGGGGAUGGAUAUACAAAGCACCGUCUCAGCGAGAGGCAGAUGAUGGAAAACAUGGCCGAGAAAAUGGGGACCACACAUCACCAAGGGUUUUAUUCCCAAGAUCAUCGAAUCGGGAAUGAAAUUCCUGAAUCUAUUACCAAUCCCCAUGUGGAUGAUUAUAGAAGGGGAUUUGAUAUUUCUUUCAAUAGAGACAUGCCUACAGAUAUGACGCCCGGAGGAUCCUUCAGAUGA